AUGCACGAUGGGUACCUGCUGCUUCUCGUGGCGAACUCCGAGUCGGCCCAGUGGGUUGGACUCCCGGUCGUCCAGAUGCUGGUGGAGCUGCACAAUGGCUGUCGGGACCCGACUGAAACUGUGCUGAUCAACAUUCACACGCUCAUAGAAGCUCAGAGAAUAAACUCGUAUUGUGGCACAGGUUUUGGUCUGCCCUCAUCUAAACUACAACUGACUCCUGAAUACCAUCAAACCUCUGCAGGAAUCAGCAAAAAGAAGGAGUACUCUGACAACAAAAUGAGUCUCUGUGAAGAGAAUGAUGAUGAAGACACUUCCUCUAAAAUAAGUUUUCCUAAAUCGAGCUGCAAUCUGCCCUCUGCCUUCAGUGAUGCAGCAGAGACCUCUGACCCCAGCAGAAGGACGAGGCAGAUAUCAGACUCUCCAACACUCAGCAGUGUGUCUGUGAAGAGUGACGACUCUAUGGAGCAACAUCCUGUAUUUAGUGAUAGACCAGUAACCUCUGAUCCUCUCAGGGGGGGCAUAAAAGAGCUGAUCAAAUCCGAGCCAUCCUCUAUAACCCAUUAUCAGAGGUACGUCAGACAGGAAAGAACUAAAUCAGUCCUGCAGAAACAAACACUGAAGACUGGUGACCUGCAGAGAGUUAAAGAGCAGCACAAAACCAGCAUUAAGAGCAAGUAUGAGAGAUUAUUUGAGGGAAGUAAACUCCAGGGGAAUGAAAGCCUCCUGAACAAGAUCUACACACAGCUCUACAUCAUAGAGGGAGAGAGAGAAGGAGUGAAUGAAGAACAUGAGGUUUUACAGAUGGAGAAAACAGCCAGAACACAACACCCACAAGACACUCCAAUCUACUGCAAUGACAUCUUUAAAGCCUCCGCUGAAGCAGGAUGUGAGGAGAAAGAGCAGAUCAAGACUGUUCUUACUAAAGGCAUCGCUGGAAUCGGAAAAACUGUCUCUGUGCAGAAGUUCAUUCUGGACUGGGCCGAGGGAAAAGCCAAUCAGGAUGUAGAUUUCAUGUUUGUGCUUCCAUUUCGAGAGCUGAACUUGAUCCGAGAUUAUCAGUAUAGUCUUCACAGACUUCUGCUGGACUUUCAUCCUGAACUUCAAGAUCUGGACUCACAGAUUUAUGAGGGGUGUAAAGUUGUGUUCAUCUUUGAUGGUCUGGAUGAAAGCAGAAUCACGCUGAUGUUUUCAGAUGCUCAGAAAGUUUGUGAUGUGACUGAGACUUCAUCAGUGCCUGUGUUGAUGUCAAAGCUCAUGAAAGGAGAGCUGCUUCCCUCUGCUCUCAUCUGGAUCACCUCCAGACCAGCAGCAGCCAAUCAGAUCCCCUCCAAAUACAUCCACCGUCUGACAGAAAUUCAGGGAUUCACUGAGCCUCAGAAGGAGGAAUAUUUCAGGAAGAGAAUCAGUGAUGAGCAUCAAGCCAGCAGAAUCAUCUCACACAUCAGAAGAGCAAGAAGCCUCCACAUCAUGUGCCACAUCCCCGUCUUCUGCUGGAUCUCUUCCACUGUGCUUCAGAAGCUCCUGGAAGAAGAUCUGAGAGCAGAAAUCCCUCAAACUCUGACUGAAAUGUACAUCCACUUCCUGCUGAUUCAGAUCAACAUGAGGAAGCAGAAGUAUGAAGAUAGAGAUCCAGAGAAACUCCUGCAGUCCAACAGAGAAGUGAUUGUGAAACUUGCUGAAGUGGCUUUCAAACAGCUGAUGAAGGGUAAUGUGAUGUUCUAUGAGGAGGACCUGAUUGAGAGCGGCAUAGAUGUCACUGACGCCUCAGUGUAUUCUGGGAUUUGCACUGAGAUCUUUAAGCAGGAAUCUGUAAUUCAUCAGAGGAAAGUCUACAGCUUCAUUCAUCUGAGUGUUCAGGAGUUUCUCGCUGCUUUCUAUGUGUUUUACUAUUACAACAGACAAACAUCUGUCACAUCCAAGUUUUUUGAUUUAAUUUAUAGUUUACUGGAAGGUGCAAUAGAUCAAACCCUUAAAAAUGGGAAUGAACGUCUGGAUCUGUUCCUGCGGUUCCUGCUGGGUGUCUCACUGGAGUCCAAUCAGAGACUCUUACAUGAUCUACUGACACACACAGAGAACAGCUCAGAGAGCAUCAGGAGAGCCACACAGUACAUUAAAGACAAGAUCAAAGAUGGACAUGGACUCUCCACUGAAAGAUCCAUAAAUCUGUUCCUCUGUCUGCUGGAAGUGAAAGAUCAGACUCUGUCCAGAGAGAUUCAGGAGUUUGUGAAAUCCGACAAACACUCAGAGAAGAAACUCUCCGCUGCUCAGUGCUCAACAAUCUCCUACAUGCUUCAGAUGUCAGAGGAGACACUGGAUGAACUGAACCCCAUGAAAUACAACACAUCAGAUGAAGGGAGAAGAAGACUGAUACCAGCUGUGAUCAACUGCAGGAAAGCUCUUCUUGCCAGCUGUAAUCUCACUUGUCAGGAUUGUGAAAUUGUGUCAUCAGCUCUACAAUCCUCAAAUUCUGUCCUGAGAGAGCUGGAUCUGAGUAACAAUGACCUGCAGGAUUCAGGAGUGAAGCUUCUGUCUGACGGGUUAAAGAGUCUAAACUGUCAGUUGGAGAUACUGAGGUUGUCAGGCUGUAUGGUGACAGAGGAAGGCUGUGGUUAUUUGUCUUCAGCUCUGAGUUCAAACCCCUCACACUUGAGAGAGCUGGAUCUGAGCUACAAUCACCCAGGACAAUCAGGAGUCCAGCUGCUCAGCCACAAACUGCAGGAUCCAAACUAUAAACUGCAGAUACUCAAUAUUGACCAUGGAGGAGGGACCAGGAUUUUACCAGGACUGCGAAAAUAUGCCUGCUGUCUCACACUGGAUCCAAACACAGCUCAUUCUAAACUCGUCCUGUCUGAUGACAACAGGAAGGUGACACGAGUGGAAGAUCAUCAGUCGUAUCCUGAUCAUCCAGAGAGAUUUGAUGGCUUUGAGCAGGUUCUAUGUAAGGAGAGUCUGACUGGACGCUGUUACUGGGAGGCUGAAUGGAGUGGAAGGGGUGCUGAUAUUUCAGUAGCUUAUAAGAGAAUUAGGAGGAAAGGGCUGAGUGAAGAUUGUUGGUUUGGAUACAGUGAAAUGUCCUGGAAUCUGUAUUGCUCUAGCAGAAGUUAUUCUGCUUGUCACAAUCUAAAGCAAACAGAUAUUCCUGCCCCUUCAUCGUCUAAAAGAGUUGGAGUGUAUGUGAACUGGUCUGCUGGCACUCUGUCCUUCUACAGUGUCUCUGACACACACAAAUUCACACACUUACACACAUUCAACAGCACAUUCACUGAACCCCUCUACGCUGGAUUUAAGGUUUAUCCAGACUCCCCUGUGUUGUUGCAGCCGAACCCCUUAGACAUACCCGUCAUAUAAAAACACAGCUAAAUAUUCUUGAAACAUGU